CACCGGAAAUACUGACCCUUCACUAUAAAGCUUGCCGGCCAGUUUCAACGGGGGACGGACUUGAUUAUUCCUCUUCAUCUGGCACGCUUUAUAGGCUCAACAACUAUCCUCAAACACUGUUAAGACCUUUGUCUCAUGUUGUCUGGUUUCUCCUCAUGCAAGUCAGCACAUGUAAAACCAUUGUACUUCCAUUUGUUUCGCUGCCAAGUACAACCUGCCGAACCGGUUUUACCCGCUAUCCAGUCACUAUAUACUAGCCACUCUGUUAGUAUCUACUCUGAAGCCGUGAGGAUCUGUGUCGACGCGAAGACAUCGCGUAGUAGUUUGGAGCAUCAGCGUAUCGCGUCACUAUAUAAAUGUGUCACUGACUACUCUGUCAGUACCGACUCUGAAGCCGUGAGGAUCUGACGUGUCGCCGUGAAAGCAUCGAGCAGCACUUUGGAGCGUCAUCGUAUCUCGAUAAGAUAUGAGUUUGACCAACAUGGCGACUGGAGCCAGAUCUCAUCUGACACAAGGGGAGGGAGAGGAUGGACAGGAUUCUCUCCGUACCCACCGGUGCAGUUAUUGCGACAAGGUGUUUCGCUUCAAAAGUAAGCUUAAUCGACACCUGCUUACUCAUACCGGUGAGAUCCCAUACCAGUGUGGUGAAUGCGGGAGACGGUUUAGUCAGCUAGGUCAUCUGAAGAGACACAUGCGGACGCACACCGGUGAGAACUCAUACCAUUGUAAUGAAUGCGGGAAACGGUAUAGUCAAAUGACGGAUCUAAAGACACACAUUCGGACUCACGCGGGUGAGAGGCCAUACAGUUGUAAAGAAUGCAGUCGACACUUUCUUCGGCUGAGCGAUUUGAGGAUACACAUGUGGACUCACACCGGUGAGAAACCGCACAGGUGUGAUGAGUGCAGCAAGCAGUUCACUACGCUGUCAAGUCUAAAGAGGCACAUGCGGACUCAUACCGGUGAGGUACCAUACAAGUGUGAGGCGUGCAGCAAGAAGUUCACUACGCUGUCAAAUCUAAUGAGACACAUACGGACUCACACAGGUGAGAAACCGUACAGGUGUGAGGUAUGCACCAAGCAGUUCAAUGACCAAGGAAAUCUCAAGAGACACAUGCGGACACACAGGUGAGAAACCGUUCAGGUGCGAACAAUGCAACAGAAGCUUUCUCCAGUCACGUAGUCUUUGUGUGCACAUGUCUAUGAACAGGUCUAUGAAUAGCUGUGACGAUAACAUGUACAUAUUGUUACACAGUAAAAAAGAUUAAUACAGCACUCUACUCACUGCAUGGCUCCGGUGUAAAAAUCGGUAACUCAGUAACUGAAUUAAAUGUAAUCAUUGUAGUUACUAUUGCCACGUCACGUACUUGAUUGGAACUAGAAGCGUUGUUGAAAAAUAGCUGUGGGAUGUUUGGACACUAGUGACAGAAAGAUGGCGAAAUAUCGCUGGACAUAGCUUUCUGCCAUCGCACUUAGUUUUAGUUACUCGGCUUCUUAUUAACAUCUAAUACGUCACUUUAACCGCCGUAAAUACACUAGAUCCUUGGCGUUUCGAAUCAGCUUCGGAAACAUGUUAGUUAUAUAGAUGUUGUUAUGUAUUGUUUGCCUUCAUGAUAUGCUGUAAGAUGUUAAAGAUUUGUUGACUUUCCGCACUCAGUUUCCUCAAUAAAGUAAAAUGCGAAUGU